AUGGAGCUGGAUGGAGUAAUCGAACCAUCUUCAAGUCCUUGGAGCUCGCCUGUUGUGUUAGUUAAAAAGAAAGACGGCAGCACUAGAUUUUGCGUCGAUUAUAGAAAGCUGAAUGACGUUACCAAGAAAGACAGCUACCCGCUACCAAGAAUUGACGACACCCUGGACACAUUAGCUGGUACAAAAUGGUUCUCCACAUUGGACUUGGAAAGUGCAUUGGCUCUUUGUGAUUGGUCUCAACUACAACAGAAGCGCAGAAAUUUAGCUCGUAAACACUGUUCUCCUCGAGAUGCAAGUUCAUUCUAUCAAAAAAUGUCCGAUGUUGGUUGCUAUGAGAUGCAAGAAUUCUUAGACCGCUUAAGCUCGGCCGUGAGAAAUAAGGGAGAAGAAAUAGCACUGAAGCCUCUAGUUCAGCAAACUUGUGCCAACAUGUUUAGUCAAUAUAUGUGCUCCAUACGUUUUGAUUAUGACGAUAAAGAAUUUCAAAAUAUAGUUCGUUGCUUUGACGAAAUAUUUUGGGAGAUUAAUCAAGGAUAUGCGGUAGAUUUUUUGCCAUGGCUGAGUCCAUUCUAUUUUAAUCAUAUGAAAAAAAUUGUUCAUUGGUCGGAUACAAUUCGAAAAUUUAUUUUAGAACGCAUAAUCCAUGAACGAGAAAGAAAUGUUGAUGCUGAAACGCCGGAAAGAGAUUUCACCGAUGCGUUAUUAAAAAGUCUCGCCGAAAAUGAGGAUGUUUCACGUGAUACCAUUAUAUAUAUGUUAGAAGAUUUCAUUGGCGGUCACUCUGCUAUAGGAAACCUUGUGAUGCUGGCUUUAGCUUAUAUAGUUAAAAAUCCAGAAACUGGAAAAAAAAUUCAGGCAGAGGUAGAUGAUGUGCUCGGCAAAAAACAAAGAUUUAUUUCUCUUGCAGACACUGAUAGCAUGCCAUACACUGUAGCCACUAUUUUCGAAGUUUUGCGUUACUGUUCGUCGCCAAUUGUCCCUCAUGUUGCAACCGAAGACGUUGCUAUUGGGGGAUAUGGCGUUACCAAGGGCACCAUUGUCUUCAUCAACAACUAUGAGCUGAACACCAGCCCCAAAUACUGGAUAGAACCAGAUAAAUUUAAACCAGAACGCUUUAUAACUCCACUAAAUCCACCCAAAAUCGAUCCAGUUACAAAAAAGGUGCAAAAUGUACAACUUAAAAAAAAUAUACCACACUUUUUACCAUUUAGCAUUGGAAAACGAACUUGCAUUGGCCAGAACCUGGUAAAGGGAUUCGGUUUUAUAAUGCUUGCAAAUAUAAUGCAUAAAUACGAUAUUUGCAGCACCGAUUUAUCACAAAUUGUAACAUAUCCGGCUUGUGUAGCCGUGCCGCCUGAUACAUUUUUACUCACACUAAAACCACGAUCAUCAUAAUUCAAACACAAAACAACCAUCCAUCCUAAGUUCGAUGUAGUUUUAAUUUUUAAUAUAGAACAUA